UGAAAUUUAGGACCAGAUCUCCUUUGAUGAAGUUGUCCUUCUUGUUCAAGAACCCGAUGGUCAAGGGAUACUCUCCAGCUUCUUCAGGAAGGGUAGCAGUUAGCUCGACCUCGUGUUCUUGUUCUCUGAAGACUUUGGCUUCUUCCAUUGGUUGGUACUCAAACCCAACGGCAUCACCUUCAAUCUUCUUAGCGCCAGUCAACCAGAUUGGGUGAGGAGCAAUGUCCUUAAUUCCAACAGUAAAGUUAACUUUUUCUCCAGCCUUUCCUACAAUAGUCUCGUUCUGGAGCUUGAAUUCGAGCUUCCUUACUGGAGCUCCAUUCUUCUGUUGUCUCUUCAUCUCUUUGCAAGCUCUCUUUCUUUCUCUUCUCUCGUCAGAAGAUCCAUCGCUGGAGUCACUUUUGAAAGUCAUCAUCCAUUUUUUGAAGAACUUUUUAGCUCUCUUAUUGUGCCAUGGGCCAUGUCCGUGGUGUGGGCCAAAGUGACCACCGAAGCCAUGAUGAGGUCCAAAGUGGUGAGGAGCACCGAAUGGUCCCAUUGGGCCCAUAGGACCGCCAAAUCCUGGGAAUCCAGCAUCUUCACCUGAGGAGCUGUGAUCUCUUUCUCUAGAAGCGCUUGAGGAGAAGAAUUUUCUGAACAUCUUAUCUCUUCUGUGUUUUCCACCCAUUCCUCUGCAUCCUUUUCCAAAUCUCUUGAAGUGAUGCUCAGCUUUAGUUCCUUCAGCAGCCUCCUUAAUAACUUUCCAGAUCUUCAUCUGUCCGAACUUCUCUUCAGAGUUAAAUAACUCUUCAAGCUUUUCAGUAAUAUCAGAAAAUUUAAAGUCCUUAAGAUCUUCAAACUUAACUUCUUUGCUUUCUUCAAGAGUGAGGUCAUCCAUAGCUUGGUCAACCUUCUCAACCUCUUGUAGGAUCUGUGUUGGCUUCUUGACUUCAACCACAAUCUUGACUUUCUUAUUAUCAAGUUGGGUUGCGAAUUCACUAAGCGCAUUUAAGUCUUCGUCUUCGCUAAGAUAGAGCCAGUCGCCUUCUUCAUCAGCAUACUUCAAUGCAAUAUCCUUACCUUGGAGUCUCUUAGGGUAACUCUUCAAGGCAGCAUUUCUCAGGUCAUCCAAGCUCUCAUAUUGUGCUUUUGGCAACAUCUUGAUCUUCUCUCCAAGUUGCACUUUCAUUGAUAAUUCUUGAUUCAUUUGUAA